AUAUUUUUACCAUUGUUCAUCAUCAAUGUCGGAAAUAUGGCGCCGAAGUGAAAGACGCGAUAUUGGAAAAUAAUAGAAAUUAUUAAAUUGAUAUCGGCUAUUCAUUUGGAAAGCAUAAAAAUCAUACAAAAAUGAGUAAUAUAUCACCGUUUGGAGGUGGAAAGAACCCACCGUGGGUUAGAAAUUCAGGACAAAUUCAAAAUAUACAACAACAAAUGUUGGGCCAAGCCAUGGGUGGUAUAGGAGGUCAACCAAUGGUUCAAUAUCAGCAACAAACUCAGCAAGUGUACCAACAGAGUUUAGGUUUACAACAACAAAACUUGACAAUGGCUUCAAUGGCCACUCUCAGUUCAAAUCUACAAUCGGGAAUAGCAGGACAAUUAUAUCCACAAGUGGCAACAGUUUCAUAUCCAACUCCGCGGGCGUUAAAUACAAACGCUUUUCAACAAUCGGUUGCCGGCGUUACACAACAAGUUCAACAAAACGUCCAAUCCUCUUCAUCGACAAAGCAACGAGUAUUUACAGGCAUAGUUACCAAAGUUCAUGACAAUUUCGGUUUCGUCGAUGAAGAUGUGUUCUUUCAAACAAGUGCUUGUGUCAAGGGAUCAAAUCCAGUUGUCGGCGAUCGUGUUCUGGUAGAAGCAUCUUACAAUCCUUCAAUGCCUUUUAAAUGGAACGCUACCAGAAUUCAAGUGCUGCCUAUGGGCAAUAGUUCUAAUAAUAGUAACGUAAAUACUCACCAAUCAAGUCAAUCGAAUCGUCAACAACAACAAAUCCGACCAUCGGGAACAUACAAUGCUGUUCCUCCACCAUCAGAAAAUUCAAAUAGCAGAUUUAGUUCUAAUAAUAAUAGUGGAGUUGCGUCUACAAAUCGUACGAAGGCUGGAAGAAUACGAGAAAGAUCUCGAGAGCGACGUAAUGACGAUGAGGAAAUUGAGAGAAAACGUCGUCGGGAAGAACGAAAUCGAGAACGUGAAAAGAAAGAUGAGCGUAGUCCGUCAAGAACAAGAAGAAGUAAAUCACCUAGACCUCGUCGACGCACUCGAGUCGUUCCACGUUAUAUGGUUCAAAUACCAAAAAUCGCCCUUGACUUGCCUGAAGCAGACGUUUUGGAAAUAAAACGACGUUACCAAAAUAUGUACAUUCCUAGCGAUUUUUUUUCUACAAAUUUAAGAUGGGUGGAUGCAUUCCCACCGCAUGUGCCAUUCACAUUAAAUAAGCCAUGUUCAUUUCACGUAAUGCACAAAGAUGUCGAUUCGUAUACUGAAAAUAGUGCCGUAUUAGAGCCACCCGAUUCUGAUUAUUUAUUCUCUGCCAAGGUUAUGUUAAUAUCAAUGCCAGCAAUGGAGGAAAUUUACAAGCGUUGCUGUGGAGUAACGGAAGAUAGAGAUCCAGAUCGCGAUUAUAUUCAUCCAACACGACUUAUUAAUUUUUUGGUUGGUUUACGUGGUAAAAAUGAAACAAUGGCAAUUGGUGGGCCAUGGAGUCCCUCUUUAGAUGGACCAAAUCCUGAGAAAGAUCCAUCAGUUCUUAUUAGAACUGCUAUAAGAACCUGCAAAGCACUCACUGGUAUUGAUCUGUCCAGCUGCACUCAAUGGUAUCGCUUCCUGGAGCUCUACUACAGACGAGCAGAAACGACCCACAAGUCGGGGCGAGUGGUGCCUUCGCGCGUUGAAACCGUCAUACUAUUUCUCCCAGAUGUUUGGCGAUGCGUACCAACUAGACUGGAAUGGGACGGUCUACAUCUCAACUAUAAGAAACAACUGGAAAGAAAAUUACUCCGUGCCGCCUCUAACCUCGACGAUUCGGAUGCUGCCAAUGAUGCUGAUGAGGCUGCCGUCGCUGAUCAAAAGGAUGAAAAUCUUGCCGAGAAAAAAGAUCCAACACAUUACUCGGAAUUGGAUCCUAAAUCAAUGAAUGUAAAUGAAUUACGACAGGAAUUGGUUGCCCGUAAUCUCAGUUCAAAGGGACUUAAAUCACAGCUUGUGGCAAGACUCACGAAGACAAUAAAAUCGGAACAGGCGAAAGAAGAGGGUCGACAGGAUGAUAUUGAGGAAAAUGAAAAGGAAAGUACUCCAACUCCAAAGGAAGAUUCAAAAGAUGAUAAAAAAUCGAAAGACAAUAAAGAGCAUGAUGAGGACAAGAAGAAAAUUUACGAACGUGAACGUGCUCAAUUGGAAAAAAGAUACAAUCUUCCUGAAUCUUCCCAUAUUGUCGUUCAUCCAUCAAAAACGGCAAAAAGCGGAAAAUUCGACUGUACAAUGAUGUCCCUCAGCGUUCUACUCGAUUACAGACCAGAAGAUACAAAGGAACAUUCAUUCGAGGUUUCUCUUUUCGCUGAACUCUUUAACGAAAUGUUAAUGCGAGAUUUUGGCUUUCGUAUUUAUCGAGGAUUAUGCAGUCUCCCUGAGAAACCAAAAGAAAAGGAGGAGGACAAAAAGAAGGAUAAAAAGGACGAGAAAAAGAAGGACGAUGAUAAGAAAAGUAAGAAAGAUGAAAGGAAAGACGACAAGAAAAGAGAGGGAAGUAAAGACAAGAAAGAUGAUAAGGAAGUGAGAAAUAAAAAUGAUGAUAAGGAGAAGGAAAAAAAUGAAGAGGAUGAAGAUGACGAUGAUGAAGAUUCAGAGGAUGAUGACUCAAAGGACGGGAAGAAAGACAAGGACAAGGAUGGAAAGAAGAAGAAAGUUAAACUCUACACCCAUGAUCCUUAUUUACUUCUGUCGUUUGUUUACUUUGAUCAGACUCAUUGUGGUUAUAUUUUCGAUAAAGACAUCGAGGAACUUAUCUACACUCUUGGAUUAAAUUUAUCCAGAGCUCAAGUCAGAAGAUUGGUACAGAAAGUUGUUACUAGAGAUUCGCUACAUUAUCGCAAAUUAACCGACAAAACUAAAGAUGAAGAUGCUAAGGAUGUCAAGAAAGAUGAUAAAGAUUACGAGAAGCUUGAUUCAUCCGAGAAAACAGAAGAUGAGGAAAAAAUUCUACAAUCACUCGCAAUGGGAAAUAAAAAACUGUUGCCGAUAUUUUAUGGCAAUGGACCAGCAUCGAAGAGAGCACGACGUGACGAUGGCGCUUUGUCUGAGCAGAGUCAAAUUGUUCCUGAAGGUUUUGUUAUAUACAAGGGAUCUCUUCUUGAUGUUGAAAAACUAGUCAGUCAAUUGAAAAGAUCUGAGAAUGCACGCGUUGACACGGAGACACGUAUGGUUGAAAUACAACAUGAACUCUCUUCUAUCAGCGACAAGUGUAAUAAACAAUCAAAUACAAUCAAGGAUCUCUCCGAUGAUCUCAGAUCUUACAAGGAUAAAUUGAAAAACACUGAUGAAAAACUAAAGAAAGUUAUGAAUGAUUCUCAUAUGUACCUGUCAACCUUGAAAAAUGUAUACCAUGUCACUUCCAAAGUAGUUCACAGCGACUCAAGAAAAGUCGAAGUCGUUGAGAUACAAGAUGAAAGAUCUGUCGGAGAAAUGAAUGGAUCGCAAAGUGAUAGUAAGUCGAAAAGUGACACAAGGUGGAGCGAUAGUAAAACUACAAUUAAAAAAGAAAUUGUCGACAAUGAUAAAUUAAAAUCUAAUGACAGUAAAGUUAUUAAAAAAGAAUUGUCCGAAGAUAAGGAAAAAAAUUAAUACAGUCAUAAUGUACCUAAAAUAAAUAUUUCAUUGUUAAGAAAAAAAAAUUCACUCCAAAUUAUUUUCAUCAGUCAAUUUGAAAUUCUUUAUUGCAAAAUUAUUUAAAAGCAUCUAAGUAGAAUUUGAAAUGAUUUAUUAACUAUAAAUAUAAAUACAAAUUCUGCAAGUCCUUAUAACUAAAUUACUCUCCAAUUUAGAAAAAAAUAUUUAUAAUUUAUUAUGAGAAUUUAUACACAAAUGUGUGUAAAAAAUUAUAAUAAAUCGACAGUGAUUUUUUUGUAAAGUGAAAGUUAAAUAAUUAAAAGGGACAAAUUUUAUUUGUUCUUACACAGAAAAAAAUUGGGAAAAAAUCAAAGAUUUAUUUUAAAAAAAUAAUAAUUAUAAUUCAACAGCUCAUAAUAAACUCGUGCUCAGAAAUAUUAAUGUACGGUGUGAUAUUCUUCAAUAUUUUAUGUAAUUCAUCUAAAGUAGGUAAUUAGGAAAAAAAAAUUGUAAAAGAAUUUUUAUUCCGUCGUACAGAAAAUUUUCUGAGAAUGUAAAAAUAAAACACUUUUUUAUAAAAGAAAAAACAACACUGAAAUUGUAAGU